CUCCGGUACGUCUAGCCCACUGUAGCUGCAUCCACAACCACCACUUUGCAACCGCCAGGCGCGUCCACCAAUCUUCGGCAUGCUGCUAGCCCGAUAAGCGGUUCCAGUAAGAUGCUGAUGAGAGGGGAACUGUCAGUGCGAUAUCACGCGUCGUUGCCAUCGAUAGGUGGGCAAGAUGGCGGCAAGGAGGGGCGGAGUGGGAGCAUGACAAUGAUCAUUGCAUUUGUGCAGUGCCUUUAUACCUCAAGUUCUAGAUGAAAGUCUUGAUUGCUAUCACGAACACUGUUCAACUUACAAUUGACGAGUGAGUAUUGGCUCGGUGACAUCAUGGCACCUUCAAAACCACAAAUCAUCCAGCAGAAGCAGAGGGACGCAUCGAGCAAGCUCGAUGUCACUAUAGUAGGCGCCGGACUCGGCGGCCUAGGAGCAGCCAUCUCCAUUCUACUCGAAGGCCACAACGUGCAAAUCCUCGAAGUCGCACCAGAGAUUGGAGAAAUCGGAGCAGGAAUCCAAUGUCUCCCCAAUUCCACACGUAUCCUCAUAUCCUGGGGCCUAGAAGAUGCACUAUCGAAAUUCGCCACCACACCGCGAUUAUGCAACAUGAUUGGGUGGAAGGGCCAGAAAAUCUCUGAUAUGGACUUCCAUGAGUAUGGAGCCCAGUGUGGGACGCCGUUUUGGGACUUCCAUCGUGCGAAUCUGCAUAUGGCGCUGUUAGAGAGGGCGGUGGAGCUAGGUGCAAAAUUGACGACGAACUCGAGAGUUGUGGAUGUCGAGUAUGAAUUCAGUGGUGACCAGACAAGAGCAAUUGCCGUAUGUGCGGAUGGCAAGAGACAUAUGGCGGACUUGGUGGUAGGUGCGGAUGGCAUCAACUCGAAAUGCAGAGAGAUACUGCUUGGUCAUGAGGACCCUCCACUGCUGACGGGCGAUCUGGCGUACAGGUUGCUGUUGGAUACAGAGCAGAUGAUGAAGGAUUCUGAGCUGAGAAGUUUCGUCGAGGACCCUCAAGUCAACUACUGGAUUGGACCUGAUGCACACGCUGUCAACUACGUCCUCCGUGGUGGCAAACUCUUCAACAUGGUUCUCCUAGUACCCGACGACAUGCCCGCUGGUGCCAACACACUCGCCGGCAAUGUCGAAGAAAUGCGCGCCUUAUAUGCAAACUGGGAUCCUCGAAUCCCCAAACUCCUCGCCUUAUGUAAAGACGUUUUCAAGUGGCGUCUCAUGAUCCGUCCAGGCCUGGAUCCAACGUGGUCGCACCCCUCAGCUGCUUUCACGAUCUUGGGUGACGCUGCGCACGCUACGCUGCCAUAUCUUGCAUCUGGCGCGGGGAUGAGUCUUGAGGAUGGACACGUUUUAGGUUUGUGCCUUGGAGCCACCAAGGACAAAAGCACGUUUGAGAAGAAGAAAGCACUGGACAUCUACGAGCGCUGCCGCCGUGAGCGCACCGAGCGCGUCGUUUCACGAGGGAACCGUCAACAAUACCUCUACCACGUGCACGACGGCGAGGAGCAGCAGGAGCGUGAUCGUCUGCUCAGCGAGUUUGCGAAGUUCAACGGCAAGGGCAAGGUUGAGAGGGAGCAGUAUGAAGCUGCGGGCUUGAGUGUCGAGAUGGAUCCGUUGGCUUGGAGAUGGGGUGGUGUGGGGAGUUGGCUAUUGACGUACGUUUGCGAGGAAGAUGUUGAGAGGAGGACGAGAGAAGUUGAGGCUGAGGCGAAGUUUCCGAGUCCGAGGAGGGUGAGUGACGAGAGUGUUAGGGCUGUGUUGUAAAGAUCGAGUUAAACGCAUAUAGGCUGUUGCAGUAGAUGC